AUGGAGGAGAAGAAGACGGGGACCCCCUGCCCCGUCCCACUCCAGGAAGCCCGGCUCCCGCCCAUGCUGGUGCUGGCCAUGCCGAGCGCGGCCUUCGGCUCGGCCCUCCAGUACAGCUGCAACAUCACCGUGGUCAACACACCGCACAAGGUCUUGAAGUCAUUUUAUAACGAAACCUACUGGGAAUGCCACGGCACGUUCCUGGACGAGAAGCUCACGCUGCUCCUGUGGUCCUGCACCGUGGCCGUGUUUCCUCUGGGCGGCCUGGUGGGCUCGCUGGUCGUGGGCCUGAUGGUCGACAGAUGUGGCAGAAAAGGAACCCUCCUGAUCAACAACAUCUUUGCCAUCAUCCCCGCCUUCCUCAUGGGAGUCAGCAAAGUGGCCAGCUUUAAGCUGAUCAUCUUCUCCCGAGCGAUUCUGGAAGUCUGUGCAGGCGUAUCGUACAGCGCCCUUCCCAUGUACCUGGGGGAGCUGGCUCCCAAGCACCUGCGGGGUGCGCUGAGCACCAUGACCGAGGUUUUUGUCAUCCUGGGAGUCUUCCUGGCUCAGAUCUUCAGCCUGCAGGCCGUCCUGGGGAACCCCACAGGCUGGCCUGUGCUGUUGGCCAUCACAGGAAUCCCGGCCCUGCUCCAGCUCCUCUCCCUGCCCUUCUUCCCCGAGAGCCCUCGCUACACUCUGUUUCAGAAAGGAGACGAAGCAGCAGCACGUCGAGCCCUGAGGAGGCUGAGGGGCCGGCUGCACGUGGAGGACGAGGUGGAGGAGAUGCACCUGGAGCACCGGGCCGAGGAGGCCUAGGGCCGCCUGUCUGUGCUCAGCCUCCUCUCGUUCCGGCCCCUCCGCUGGCAGCUCAUCUCCAUCACCGUGCUCGUGGCCGGCCAGCUCCUCUCCGGGGUCAACGCGAUCAACUACUACGCAGACACCAUCUACGCCGCCGCGGGCCUGGCAGCUGCCCACUCCCAGUACGUGGCGGUGGGCGCCGGCGUGGUCAACAUGGUGAUGACCAUCAGCUCGGCGGUCGCUGUGGAGCUUCUGGGGCGCCGGCUUCUGCUGCUGCUCGGCUACGGUGUCUGCGGCUCGGCCUGCCUCGGGCUCACGCUGGCUCUCCUCUUCCAGAGCACCGUCCCCGAGCUGUCUUACCUUGGGGUCAUCUGUGUCUUCCCCUACAUCGCGGGACACUCCAUCGGGCCUAGUCCAGUCCCCUCCGUGCUCAGGACGGAGAUCUUCCUGCAGUCCUCACGGCCAGGGUUCAUGGUGGACGGGGCGGUGCACUGGCUCACGAACUUCAUCGUGGGCCUUGUCUUCCCUUCCAUCCAGGAGGCCAUUGGUCCCUACAGUUUCUUCGUCUUUGCCGGAAUCUGCCUCCUCACUGCUGUCUACAUCUACGUGGUUAUUCCUGAGACCAAAGGCCAGACAUUUGUGGAGAUAAACCGAAUUUUUGCCAAGAGAAACGGGGUGGAGUUUCUCCCUGACAAGAAAGAAGAAACAACAGAGGCCGGGCCUCACAUACCUGUGAUGUCUGCCAAAGAGACUUCUUUCUAAUGACUCUUCGCCUGCCAGGUGCCCACAUUGAAGACAACCUUCUAUGAGAAAGGGGACCCCUGCCUCAGGCCUCUUCCUCCUUUCUUUUUCCCUGUCUUCUUACCAGAUGAGUGUAAUAGCUCAGAGAUUUUUAUGCCCCAAGUGGCAAUGGAAGGCUCUGGAAUGUUUCG